CCCCAUUUCUCUUUUUCUUUCCCUCUUUCUUUUUAUUUUUAUCAGUUUCCUUUUUAGUGAUUUUUGUUCCAAGAAUCCAUAGCACGUUUACUUGUUGGGAGAAAACUCUUUUAUCUGGCUUUGGUUCAGUUCCUACCAUCAUCCAAUCGAUUUAUGGCACAAUUGCGGAAAUCUCUAGGGUCAGUCCAUUAGGGCUUCUUAGGGCUCAAUCCUAGAGCAUGGCCCCUUUUUCAUUCCGGAGUGAUCACCGAGGAAUGACAAAAUUUCAGCUGGUCCUGCCAAAUAUGGAUCAGAUGGAUCAAGAUGAGGGUCAUAAUAACCUCAAUCUGACCAAAGGUGAACUUAGAAAGCCUAAAAAUUUGAGCAGAUGGGCUAAAACUCAAAAUGAGGACAAGAGAGCUGCUGUUCAUGACGAAAUAGCAAGAGUCAACCAGCUACCAUCCAACAGUAGCUAUGCGGUACACCGCAUGAGGGUGCUAAACAAGCUUCUACAACUGAUGUCGAUCCAAAGGACCGUCGCCCAAGAUGAGGAGUUGGAGCUCCUCUUUGCAAGCCUUAAUAUCUAAUGCUGAUCUAAGCCAGCUUUUUCGAUGCAUAGUCCUCAUUUUCGAGAUAAAGAAGGCAUGGUGUUGUACUAAUUCUGUAGCUUCUGAUCUCCUAGCGGUUUGUAAUUUCCUAGUGGUUUUGAAAAGUCAAAUGAUUGAACACGGUUUAUGUACGUGAUAAUUAUUCUAUUCUAUUUAGAGGUGAGCACAUUUUUAUGGUA